CAACCCGGAAUAGCACCCAGAGUUGAUGUAAAAAAGUCGGAUCGGAAAAACGGGGUCGGAGUGUGUUGUUUUUUCGCGUGUUCCGGGCUCGUGGACGGUUUCUGUUUGGCCGGAAGUGGACAACGGUGCUGUAAACAUUCGCAACAUGGGCAGUGAAGAAGAUGUGCUAAAAUAAAUGUACUGCAGCAAACAGCGUGUGGCUAAGAAACUGGUGCAAAACUAUGCAAUGUGGUUCGGUGGAUGUUGUUGACUCGUUUCAGCCGUGUGCAUUUGAGGGGGUUUUCUGGUGUAAAUCCGACGUGCAACUUUAAUGGGAUACCGACGAGCAUCUCACCAAGCCUGUUCUGCAUCCAGACGUACUAGCAUGACGACGUUAAACUGAUAGUCCCGCAACAAAUCCCCAUGGCUGUGAUAGUACAUUAAACGCACUUUCGAAACAAACAAAAGAAAAGCGAACCACAACAACCAUCAGGACCACUUUCUUUCGGUAGAGUUGAUUAGUUCCCGCGUGCGUACGAUCGGCAGCGCCACUUGUCCGGCGUCCAGCAGGCUGGAACACAUUUAUCCAUCGUCUUCGUCGCAGCUGCUCCACCGACAGGUCGUCCCGAUGUCACAGCAGGCGCUGGAAAGUACGGGUGUGAAAAUUUCCAACUGCUCGAAACCGUUCGCCUGCACCGAAUGCAACAAAUUGUUUCGCCAACUGAGCACGCUGACCAACCACAUGAAAAUACACACCGGCGAAAAACCGUACAAGUGCUCGAUCUGUGCGAAGGAGUUUCGCCAAACGACUACACUAUCGAACCACAUGAAAAUUCAUACAGGUGAAAAACCCUUCAGCUGUAACUUUUGUGACAAACAGUUCCGCCAGCUAAGUACCCUGUCAAACCACAAGAAAAUACACACCGGCGAAAAACCGUUCGAAUGUUCGGUUUGCGGCAAACAGUUCCGACAGUCCAGCACGCUCAACAGUCACAUCCGGAUUCAUUCGGAUGAUAAAUUUUGCAUAAAACCCUUCAAAUGCAGCAUCUGCCCGAAGGAGUUCCGCCAGACGACGACCCUAGCGAAUCAUAUAAAAAUUCACACUGGUGAAAAGCCGUACGCAUGCACGUACUGCAGCAAAACGUUUCGCCAGACGGGAACGCUUUCGAACCAUCUGAAGAUACACACCGGGGAAAAGCCGUUCGAGUGUUCGGUUUGCGGCAAACAGUUCCGACAGUCCAGUACGUUGAACAGCCACAUUCGUAUCCACGCGGACGAUAAGUAUUGCAAACCUUCACAAACGGAACAACGGUCCAUUGUGACGAUAAACGGUGGGCUUAAUUUAAAAGAAGAGGACGUCAAACCGUUCUUUGCCAUGAUGUAACAUAAUAGCGAGGAUAACUUGUUUCUUGUUCCAACUGACGCUACCGCAAGCCAACAGAGUACUGUGCGAGAUAACAAACGAAUUAAAUAGCGAGAGGGAUAGAGAAAGCAAGAGAGCACAUUCAAAUGUUGUAUUGUGCCGAUAACCCGCACCCGGAUUGCACGCUGAUUGCUUUAAAUUAUUUUGCAACAUGCACCCAUUGUCGCCGGAUGAUAGACGACGACACCGGUGCUGCAGGAGCACAGGAGCACAGGAGCUUACCGUUAAUAAAUUGUUGCAAUUUAAGUUAUAAUAACUUUAUCGGUUCGUACCCGAAUGGAAGAGGCGCGUUAAAACAGAGCGAGCCGUUCCAAGUUCCGGGUCUUUUGGAUCCGUGUUAGUGACUGCCGCUCCAAUUUCUGGGGCGUACAUUUUGUUCGUUUCGUUUAUUUGUUUUAAUGGUAGAAGAAAAGCAAUUUCAUAAUUUAUUACCGUUAAUAGCCGCAUCGAUAGUAAUCUUCGUCGGUAUCAUCCUGUCGUUUCGUUUUCGGUUUUUAUUAAUGUUAUUUAUUUCUGCUCGUCCUAUUCGGCAGCAUUUGGCUGCAAAAAAAGCAAAACACAAGAACAAGGGUUGCAUUGUAAAAGCCAGCGAAACCGAGGCUUAGCAUACAAAGAGGGAGUGCGCGUCGAUCCGUGGCACUAUAAAUAAAUAUAAAAGCAAAACACAGCGAAUGCAUCAGGGUGGAAAGAAACACAAAAGAAAAAAAAAUCACGUUCACUUUACCAGGAAUGUAACGUAGGCGAAGGGAAACGGGUGGAGGAAGUGGCUGCUUCUGGUUGAUGGCAUAAAAAUUGCAAUUAUUGUAUGUUUAAGCCGCCAACAAGCUGGGCGCGCAUCCUUUCACCAGUAUCCUUCCUUGGGUGUGUUCGAACGACUGUUAGAUUGUAAAAGUAAACGUAACUGCGUAACAGAUUAGUGCAUCACUUGCUCGGAAAAAAAUUUCAACCCCUGGUAGGCAAUACGGAACUAGUAUUGAAUGUAAAAUAAAUAUUGCUAGAAUUUUCUUGAUUGGGCAAACCGUUUAGUAACCGUAAACUGGCAGAAUUUACUAAAUGUAUCCUUUUUCUUUGAAUGUCAUAAUUUUACUCAAAUGUACAGACUUUCCGCACAAUCGAUCGAGCGGUGUGAAUAAGAGUGUGGGGGAAGAAGGGAUGAAAGGGUAAUGCAAAUAUCAUUACUUGCGAUGGUAAAAUAUCAUUACAGGGCCAUAGUGAACAUAGAAUCAGACAAAAUGCAGGAUCGAAAGCAGCAACCCUUUUGGAUGGUAGGUUCUGGGCGAAGAAACGAUGAUGGUAGCUAAUGUGAUGGAACGAAUCAUUGUGUAAUAAAACGUAACAGAAGACCUACAUCUGUUGUGAACAGACCGU